AUGUUCUACGGGCUGUUCGUCGUCUUCUGGGCCCUCAACGCGUCGUCGCACAUCGCCGGCGAGUACUGUGCGCUCGAUCCGAACUCGACGAUGCCGCCGCCGGAUGCGGCCGACGAGUGUACCACGGAGAAUUGGAAUGUCUUCCCGAAUCCGGCCACCAGGAAUGCUACGGGUCACUACUGUAAAGUGCUAUUUCUCCUCGACCUGUCCCCGGAUUAUGUGACUCGGGAGGAAUUUGAUAAGGUGCAACCGUACGACGACGUGCAGCAGGACCAGUAUUUCUGGAACGAGACGACGUCGGCGAAUUUUAGCUACGCCUUUUUGAUCGAGCUGAAAAACGUGGCGAACACGCCGUGCCUCUACAACACUGUGGUGCUGAUCACCAAUCGACUUUUCAAUUAUCAGUCCGGGCUGAAUAAGGAUUUCCCCUACGUCCCCGACGAGGGCUGCAUCACGUUUUCGGUGAUUUUGCUUGGGAGACCAGACAUCCCGAACGAGGACUUCGAGAAGCAGUACGCCAAUUUGUCUACAAAACUGCUGCAAGUGAACAAUAUUUCGUGCAUCUACGAGAUUGCCGUGGAAGUUGUAAACGAUACGGAAGAGCGGCAUACGGAGGAUUUGGUGGUGAGGGCCUAUGGGAGUCUCGUCAAUGAAGGCGAGAGCAAAUGGGGACCCCGAGUCAUUCUGAUGACCGAUUUUGUGUCCUGGAACUUCAUCGAUGCCUACCGGGCCUCGGCCCCGUCGGCCGCCUUCAAAUGGCUGCAGCAGCACGCCAACUUCGAAGUGUACGCCUUCAGCAUGGCGGUGCAGAAGAUCUACGAGGCGGAGACGACGAUCCCCGCCCGGAACCUGUUCGUCGACGACGGUUUCAGCAAGGCGGAGGGCCCCACCGACAUUUGCCCGCCAAAGGUUGGUAAAUCCUUGCGAUCGAACACGUUGGGCAACGCAUUUAUGAUC